UACGUGGUCUACGUGUGUUUUGUUUUGCCAAAUCCUCGUCAUCUUUGGAUCUAUCUAGUUCUCUCGAUAUAUUAUAUUAUUCUCGCAAAAAAUUCGCAAUAAUACUUCGUCAUCAUAUACGUGCAUAAUCAUUCAUUGAAGGAGAGAGAGUUACUAGGUUUUGUGAUUAUUAUUUUAUUACGUGGAAGGAAGGACGACUGUGGGAGGUAAAGUCAAAGAUUUCAAGCAAUCAAUUUGAGUUCAAACACCGGACUACAAGAUGAGUUUAAGUCCUGCUCUUGCCCCCAAGUUUCCAGAACGCGUCACCCUCGGACCAAACGAGGUCAUCGUUAUCACAGGUGGGAGCGGCUUCUUGGGGCAGCACAUCAUUCGAGUUUUGAACGAGAGGGCGAAAGGAGUUCGAGAAAUUCGUGUCGUUGACUUGAAACCUUACAAGCAGAGAUUGGAUUUUAAGGACAUAUACAAUGUCAAAUAUUACAAGGCAGAUAUCGCAAUUGAAGACCAAUUGGAUGAGCCUUUCAACGGAGCUACUUGUGUCAUUCACUGUGCCGCAGUGGUCGAUACGAGGCGAUUCUGUGACCGAGUGACGAUGAAGAGUACCAACUUUAUUGGUACAACUAACGUGGCCUUUAAAUGUCGUCAAUGGAAUAUCCAAAAACUCAUCUUAACCUCUACGGUGGACGCUGUGAUUCAGCACAAUUCUGAAUUCCACUACCAGACAGAAUCUAAAUUGGAACUUCCCGAGAAGGAGAAAAAGUUUUUGAUGGGAUACUACGCCUUCACCAAGGCACAAUCUGAAGCAAUCGUAAUCUGCGAACGGAAUCGCCGGAUGGCGAAUGGAAAAAAGAUGAAGACCGCAAUCCUUCGUCCAACUGUCAUGUAUGGAGAACUAGACCCAUUCUAUGUCCCUCAAGCUUUAAAGGUCGCCAAAGCCACUGGAGGUUAUCUCAUGCAACCCUUCACGUUCCACACGGACCCAGUUUUGCAGGCGACUUAUGCCGGAAACGUGGCCUGGGCUCACGUCUGUGCAGUAUGGAAACUUAAUGAAGAGCUAACUAAAGACGAACCCAUUGAAGAAUGGAGGAUUGUUGAUGGACAAACAGUUUUCAUCACCGAUGACACAAAACCACAACCAAUGUUUGAUUUUAUGAAGCCAUUCCUCGCCCUGAAAGGAUAUUCCACUAUGGUCACGCCCAUUCCGUUCUAUUUGCUCUUCGUCACACUCUUCACGUUUGGCUUCGCGUUGAGAUUUCUUCCUAAAACGUGGCGAUCUUGGUUCGACAAUAAACCCCUGUUUCCCACGGCAGAAUCUUUGAAGAUGGUUCAUAAAUGUGUGACAUUUGACCGAAUCAAAGCUGAAAAUUGUUUGGAAUAUUGUCCCAUCUACUCUGAAGAGAAGGCGUUGGAACUCUCGUCACGAUAUUAUAAUGAUGUCACGGUCUAAAUAAUAGUUAUCAUGUCAAGGCAAAAUAUGUCAAUCAGAAUCAAUAUUUUCUAGAAUAUUCUAUUUCAAAAUUUCGACCACUUUGAUUUGCGAAUCAUACAUACGUAAUAUCUUUUUGAAAUUUUAAAGAGAACCCACAAAUAAAUUAGUUCCUUCCCCGUGACCAAUAUGAAUUUAAUUUAAUUUUGGUUAAAUUUUGUAGUUUUUUUGUAUAUCUGAACUGAAAUAGCAUAUUAUCUGAUAAAGUUUAUUUAUAAUUAGUAUGGUAAUGGGUUGUAAUUUGUAUUUCCUCAGUUCGGAGUAUACCCUAAUGAUUCGAUGUAGGGAUUAUUUAUAUACACGACAAAUACUAGACACUAAUAUCUAGCAGGAGCUUUAAAUGUUGUCCACAUGCAAAUGUAUACAUGUACCUGUGUUUUCCGCAUAAUUAACAACAUAGUAUUCUGUACAUUUAUGAUGAAAUACUAAUAAAGUGAAAAAUUAAAUA